GGAAGAUCAGUGUUUUUCAUUAUAUGUGUGUAGUAAAAACUUAACAUCAUGAAACAUCUUCUAAUGGGUGUCUUCCAAGUUUGUUCAAAUAAAAGCCCUGGGGUUUAUACUGGACCCGCUCCGGGGGGCCUAUAUACAGGUGAGCGAUCUCAGGGCCAUCAUGUGGCCCUCUUGUUUUACAUACAAACAUCAAACAUGUAUAUAUAUAAUGUCACUGCAUGCAAAGAGAUUGGAAUUAUAAGUAGAUAAAAUACCAACAUUCAAAUUUGAAUUGAAACAUUUCAGACAGAUGGAAUGAUAAUUAAUUCUUUGUUGUUGAAGAGUAUGGGUUAAUUGAAACAAAACAACAAAGCACAACAUGUCAAGAGGGAAGGAAGAUGUUGUGUCUAACAGACCAGUGGGAAGUGAUAUGGUUGAGGCAGUGUUUUCAGGAAUGCUUGACAAGUUGCCUGAUAAAGAGUCUUCAGUUGUACGGAUAUUUCUCAGCUCUACUUUUACUGAUAUGCAAGCUGAGAGGAACUGGUUGAUGAAGAAUGCUUUCCCACAACUGAGACAGUUUUGUCAAGAGAGAGGUCUUGAUUUUCAGAUUGCAGACAUGCGUUGGGGAGUACGUGAAGAUGCUUUAGAUGAUCACAAAACCACUGAACUAUGCCUACAUGAAAUAAAAAAUUGUCAGAGGAUUUCAAGAGGACCAAAUUUUGUGGCAUUUCUUGGUGACAAGUAUGGAUUUAGACCUAUACCUUCAGAGAUAGAGACCUCAGAGUUCAAACUCCUGAAAAAUGCAGCCAUGAAACUCGGGCAUGAUAUUGGCCUCCUGCUCACCUGGUACCUUUGUGACUAUAACAGGGAACCAGACAUGUAUACACUGCAGCCAAUCAGCACUCAGUAUCCACAAUAUUUUGAUCUGACACCAGCCAAUUCUGGUGCCAGGCAGCAGGCACAGAGAGAAUGGUGGGGUAUAGUAGAUAAAUUAAGUACUCUUCUACAAGAAUCUGCUGGUCGUUUAUAUCAGGAAGGCAAGAUUUCUGAGCAAAACAAACACAAAUAUUUUCAGUCUGUUACAGAAAGUGAGGUGUAUUCUGGGAUAUUGUCAGUAGAUGAUAUAGAAGACAAAGUGCUGUGUUUCGAAAGAACUUUCAUUGACUUGAACCUGAAGGACAGUUUAGCAAUUCGGUUCACUGAUAUGAUAGAGGGUGCCAGGGACCAUGAAGCAGACGAGUUACGUGAAAAUCUACGCAUGAAGAAAAUUCCCGCCAAAAUGAGCCCUGCUAGUCUGUACAGAUAUAACUUACAAUGGGAUAGAAUUGGUGUAAAUAUAUACAAGAAUCAAGAACAUAUCAGUUACAUUCAACAGUUUGGGAGUGACUUCAUUACUAACAUACAGAAGAUGAUUACAACUUCUACACAAGUAGACACAUCCUCUGGUUAUCGAUCCCCACUCUUUGAAGAAGUGUUACAUCAUCUUCAUUUCUGCUUGACCAAAUGCGAAUAUUUCUGUGGCAGAGAAAACAUGUUAAAGAACAUUCAUCAAAAGAUUAAAAUUCUACACAAAGAGGACAAAGUAAAUGAGGGAAAUGAGAAAGACAUGGAUACAAAUGAAGAUGAAGAUGUAAUGAAAGAGAAUGAGAGCGCUGAAAGAAAAGAAAUGCAAGCAAAUACGAGUGAGCUUGGUGUGAAAUUAACUAUGGGCGAUGUACUCAAUGACCUUGAAUCUGAUCCAAAUUUCAAUCUUCGAGACAAACUGACCAGACUACCGGAGAUAACAGAAUACUCCAAACCUCUAAUUGUGCAUGGAAAGUCAGGCUCUGGGAAAACUGCACUUAUGGCAAAAGCAGCAGAAAUGACAAAAACAUGGUUUCCUAAAUCUGUUUUAAUGAUACGCUUUCUUGGCACAUCAACAAUGUCUACCACCAUCAGAGGAGUGAUUGCAAGUCUUUGCUCUCAGAUAUGCGAGAUAUAUAAUAUACAGAAACAUACAGGAAUAGAUAUUGAGUCAGAUUACCAGUUCCUUGUGCAAUACUUUGUAGCUCUUUUAUGGAAAAUUGAUACAAAAGAGAAAGAUCUGGUGAUUAUUUUGGAUUCUAUAGAUCAGCUUAGCCAAACAGAUCAUGCCCAUAUGUUUAACUGGCUACCUCACAGACUUCCGGCCAAUGUACACAUGAUUCUAUCUGUGGUUAGCGACAGACUUGAUAUCCUUAACAACGUGCGUCUGCUGUUUUCUGAUCCGGAGCAAUACGUGGAAAUCACUCCGCUUGAAAGUGAAGUUGCUACUGACAUUAUCACAACUUUCUGCAACAAAGCACAGCGUCAUCUAUCGAAAAAGCAGAAAAAUCUAAUUUUAGAUCAUUUUGCUAAAAAUGGCCAACCUUUGUAUCUGAAGUUGUUGGUUGACAUGUCUUUAUCAUGGAAGUCUUAUACUCAGGUUGAUGAAACUGCACUUGGAGUGACAGUAAAAGAGGCAAUAAACCAUCUGUUUGACAACUUAGAAAAGAAUCAUGGUGCAGAAAUUGUUAAGAAAAGCAUGGGAUAUCUGUGUGCAGCAAAGGAUGGUCUGACUGAGGCAGAGAUGGAAGAUCUACUCUCAUUGGAUGAUGAGGUUCUACAAGAUACAUACAUCUAUCACCUACCACCAGAUCCGGAAGUUAUACGUCUGCCACCGUUGCUAUGGAGACGUGUAGAGUAUGAUAUCAGUGAAUAUGUUGUGGAGCGUCAGUCAGGUGCGAAGACAGUUGUCACCUGGUAUCAUAGACAGUUUGAUGAAGCGACUACAGAGAGAUAUUUGACAGAAGAUGUUAGGAAAAGAUUUCAUCAAGGAUUAGCUGAAUAUUUUCAGGGUAUCUGGAGUGACAAGUGUAAACCUUUGCAGCUGACAAAAGGUAAGAAAGGCAGUUACCCUGUUGCUAUGAGACAGGUCCCAGCUCAGCCAAUCAAGUUUGGUCCCAACUUAUAUAACACCCGCAAGCUCAAUGAACUGCCAUACCAACUUAUACACAGUGAUCAGUUACAGAAAGCACUCGCUGACCUUUUCAUUGACCCUGAUUGGCUGUAUGCCAAAUGUUGUACAAUGACCUUGACCUCAUUAAUGGAGGAUUUCAGACUAGCAGAAGAGAAAUGUGUGGUAAAUAUAGACAGGAGGAAAGUAGAAAUGUUGACAGCACAGAAAGACGGGAAAAGAGAGGAUCCCAGUGAAGUUGCUAGGCUAAAAAUUGAUGAAGAGGUUUUUCAAGCUAUCAAACUUGUGACCAGGAUGGUCCUUCUUGCUGCUGAUAAUAUUAGGAAAGAUCCUGUCAAUUUGCCUCUUAUGUUGUUGUCGCAGCUAGGACCAGACUAUAGAGGCAGUGUAUAUAUUGAGAAACUAGUGCAGGGCUGUGAGAAAUGGUGUAAAGAAAGCAGUUUUCCAUUACUUGUACCUAGCAGGGAGUGUAUGAUGAGACCUGAAGGAAAUCUUCUCUAUACCAUCAAUGUUGAUGUGGCCACUACAGGAGAGACAAGAGAUAAAUAUUAUAACGGUACCUAUCUACGUGAAGACACCAUGCAGUUGUAUGUUGUCACACAACAUGGUGCGAAGCCUGAUCAGAUUUGUAUAUUUGAUCUCCAUGACAACGGUUCUUGUAUAACAACAGAUGAUGUCAAUGUAUAUUUGAGAAACGUCAAAUUUGUUGGAGAGAAUAGGUAUUUACUACUUGAUGUGUACACAAAAAAGGAUCCAUAUGAUCCAGAAUCUGAGGAAAGGUUGUAUGAAUCAUCAUCUGCCACACCAGUGACCUUUGACCCCAAACCAAACUGUAUUGCAGUGUCCAACAGCGGUAGGAUUAUAGCAUGUUCAACAGGAAAUGAGAUAACUUUAUACAAAAGAGAUAAGAACUCCAAACUUCAAUCAUUCUUUACUGCCAAGCUUCAUGAAAAAGAUGUGACUGCAAUGAUUAUGUCCCCUGAUGAAAAUUUCCUUGUAUCAACAGAUAAAGUGGAAUCAACAUAUUUUGGUGGUGGGAAAGACAGUACCAUUUGUGUAUUUGACUUGAAAACAAAGAAAAAAAUGUAUGACAUAGACACUUCAAUAGAUGUUAAUAGGUGCACAUUGAUUACUGGUAAAAAUCUUCUUGUUACAAAAAAAUCGGGCUACAAGCUGGGAGGGACUCUUGUCAUUUAUGACCUGGUAGAAGGAAAGAUGAAGCAUGAGAUUGCCAUAAAUGAAACAUACAGUAUUGAAAGGUGGUUGCUCCAUCCGUCAGAAGAGUAUGUCUUUAUUUUCUACCAAGAUACUGGAGUUAUAAAUGGGAUAGAAAAUAAAUAUCCUGAAUUUGUAAACAUUGGUUCUGGAAGGAGGUGUGGGAAGUCUCCAGAAGUGUAUAAAGGUCCUCAUUCUGGAGGUCAGGUGUUCGGAUUUAAUGAUCUGUACUAUGCUAUUUGUUAUUGGAACGAUAAUAAAGUCACUAUUCUUUAUGCAGGUCAAGUGAUUAAACCCCUUGAUGAUGCUGUUGUUAUACACAUUCUGAUUGGUCACAAUCAGCCAAUCACAGAAAUGAUUAUUCCCAGCAGUUUGGACAUAAUGCUUACUGUCUCAAGGGAUAAUACAGUUAAAGUUUGGGAUUUAAAAUCCAUUUUAGGACAGUUUCACUCAGAGUUGUCUACCAUAGAACAAAAGCUGGCUACCAGCUCACCCAAUAGUUUCAUUCAGGGUUUACCAAAUCAUAUAGGUGAGGAGGAGAAAUCAGUGGACCUUGUUGAGGUAGUCGCUCAUUACAAAUAUGAAGAUAUUGACAGCAGACCUGUGACUACGUGUCUUGCUUUCAACAGGUUUGGUGACAGUUUGUAUGUAGGUACAGACAAUGGUAAAUUACAACUGUAUGAUGUAGAUAUGGCAGAGGUCAAGAUUUCUACUGACCUGGACAUUGGCUACAUACAGCGUAUGAAGUUAUCAAAAAAUGGUAGAUUUAUGAUAGUAGCAGGGAAAAAAAAAGUACACGUAGAGGAUUUGUUGUCUCAGAAUCAGUUGAAGUUAGAAGCUAGAGGGAAAAUUUCUUGUAUGGCAGAAAGCAACAACAAGCUAGUGGUAGGUUCAGCUGGUAUGGAGGCGAAAGGUCGUGUGUGGAACAUAGAAACUGGGGAGAUUAUCAAAGACUUUGAGCUGUUGUAUUCCUUCUACUGUGUGGCAAUAGAUAGUACAGGCACAUUUGUGGUAUCAAGUAUGUUUGACUUUCCUGUCAUAGUAAAUAUACUAGAUCCAGACAACAGUCCUGAAAUAGAUCCCAACAAGAUGGACACGAUGAUGACUGGAGCAGUAUGCUGUGAAAUCAGUCCAGAUGAUAAAUAUGCUGCAAUGAGUUCCACUGAUGGAGCCGUUCGUGUAGUAACAAUGGAUGGACACUAUACUUACCGCUUUCAACAAAAGUCGUCUGCUGUAGCCAUGGUGUUUUCUCCAGACAGUCAGGUUGUGUUGUCAUCUGGGUAUAGGUCUAUUUAUGUCUGGUCUAUGCUGGAUGGAUCAUGCAAGUUCAAGUUAACAAGACAUUUGGAUUUUGUGAACAACAUCAAGUUUGAUAGCUUGGGAAAGUUUAUUGUGACUGUAUCCCGGGAUAAACAACUGGUGUUAUGGGACUACAACAGACUUGUAUCAAUUGCUACAUUCCCAGCCAACUGUCAGAUCAACGCUGUAGAUCUAUGUCCUAAACUUGAAAGCAUUGCUUAUGUCCCAGAGGGUAUCUCCGAUGUUGCCAUUUUAAAACCCAAUCAAUCAUUGUGCAAUGUAAUGGCAGGGAAAACUAAGGCAGUGUCCUUGACUCCACAGGCACAGGCUGUGGUGCUGGCUUUUAGUAGUCAAAAAUCUAAGAAAGGGUCCAAAAGCAUAGCAUGCUGUUUAAGUUGAAUAUUUUCAUUUAAGUUUAUGUACAACACCUUCCACUUUUACUAAGUAUGCAUCAGCACUUUACAGCCAAAUUUUUAGUUAACAAAAGUGUUAAAGGAACUCUACUGAGGUCCAAAAUCUUAAAAACAUAAAAUUUUAAUUUCUUACAUAGAUCAGCUGGGGCAUUUAAAACAAAAAGACAUACUCAUCAUUGUGUUUUUUUGCUAUUCUUAUCCCGAUUUGAAUGUAAAGUGUAAUUUUUCACUAUGAUAGAAACAGAGUGGGCCAGAAAUCUGAAAUUUAGCACACAAGUUUUUUUGUCUAGACUUACAUCAAAUGGAGCAGUUUUAAAUAUUGAAAAGUUAUUUCCAGUCCCGCAUUUUAAAAAACCUCAGUGAAAUCCCUUUAACUUAUUAUAAGUAAAGUUGCAUAUUCAACUUAAUAUAUUAUAAUGCUGUCAACAAGACAUACCUUUAUAACAGUAAUCACUAAAAAAUCUCUGAAUAUGCUAAGUAAGGGAACUUCAAGUCAGGGUUAUUCAAAUGUUUUCACUUCUGUGACAAGACCAAAAUCUCUUCACAUUUAAGUGAGUGGCACUUUUUCAAAUAACUUUCCUACAUCUGUGUAGAUUGAAAUCAUGUUUGAAAUAAUAAAUUCUUUCAAGAUAUGAAAUUCUAAUCAUGUAAAUGAAGGUCUAACUUAUAGUAUGCCUUGUUCUCAGUUGAUACCUCAAAUAUAUGUUGUAGCAUAUCAGAACAGAUGUUAGUUUUGUUGUUGUGACUUACAAAUAACAAUAUUGCAGCAAGUUAUCAUUUUUGUUAUUUCACAAGUUGUUUUUAUAGUUUAACCUGUAGGACUCUUUAGUUUAAAAUAAGGCUACAUGAUCCAAUUGGAGGGUUGACCUCAAAACUGCAGUUCCUUGUAUGAAAUAAAGGACUUACAAUGGUUUUGCGAUCUACCCUCGAAUUAUAAUACUAUUAAUGUAAUAUAAUAAUAUAAUAUUAAUUUUUCACAGCCAUAAUAAUACAAUUAUAUAGCCAAUUGUUUGUUCUCUUGAUUUUUUAUCUUCCAUGACAUUUUUAAAGCCAUAUCAUUUUCAGUUAUUUUUCAGUGGAACAAGUAGCUAUUAGUACCCUAACCAGCAAGGUAUUGGGACUCUAGGUUUGCAGUCCAUUUGUCUGCCAAUCUACAAAAACAGGAUCUUUACAUUCUAUAUAUCUGUCAAUCUACAAAAAAUUGGAUCUUUACAUAAUUUUAAAAGUACUCAGAAUAUUUUCAUGAAACUUGAAGAUGGAUAGAGACUUAUAUUGAGAUUAUGCACAUUAUUUUUAUGUUGAAAAAAUUUGUUGCUGUGGCAAUAGACUUGAAAUAUUGUAUAAAUUAUGUUAUACUUUUAACUGUCUAAAGGUGUUCAAUUUAAACAUGCUUGAUUUUGAGAAACAAAAGGUCAGUGCCAAUGUUAUGUCCCAUAGUCCUAACCAUUGGUUUACAAAGUUAUUAAUCUGUUACUGAUAUCAAAAAUAUUCUAAAAUUGUACUUACCUUAUAAAGUAACAGCAUUUAAUCAAUUUUUUUAUAUAAAUGUAAAUUUAUAUUUUGAAAUACUUAAAGUUUUUAUCAAAAAACUUUAUUAAAAAACUUUAUUUGAUUUUUGGUUCUAUCUAGUGUUAGGAGACCUUUUUUUGAUAGAAGAUUUAUUGCUUGGCAAUAGUCUAACUUGUUUUACUUGAAGUAAUAAAUUGCUGAUUUGAAAUUCUUUACUCAGGGUUAAUGUAAAUUUGUCUUCAUUGUUGAAUUUUACUAUUUAGUAUAUGCUGUAAGAAUUAGUUGUAUUAGAUGUUAUAAAUUCAUUAUUUGUUAUUUUUUUCAUUAUUUCUUAAAGGACCUCCACUGAAGUCCAAAAGCCUAAAAACUUAAUUUGAAUUUCCUUAAUAGAUAAACUUGGGCACUUAACAGAGAAAAAUAUGCACACAAUUAUUAAGAAAUAUACUCAGAAGAAAAUUAAAACUAAUAUUUUGUGCCAUUCUUAGCCUUGUUUGAGAAAAAUGUGUUGCAGUCCUUUUCAAUUUUGGGUCAUUUUUCACAAUUUAAGAAUAAUUAUUCUGAGAAAACAGAGUGAGCGAUUGAUUUGAAAUUUUGCACACAUGUUAUUGAACCUAUAUCAAAUGGAGCAUUUACCUCAGAAAAAUUAUUUCCAAUCCCAACAUGUCCAAAAACCUCAGUGGAGUUCCUUUAACCCUUUACCUGCUGACAGCUAAUAGACCAAGAUCAGCCAGCACAUCACUGCCAUCUGAUCAUGGUCACCACAGGAAAGUUAUGUCCAGACUUAAAGAUGGACAAGUUUAUUAAAGAUAGCAUCUCAAGGCAAAUCUAUAUUCUGUCCAUCUAAUUUACUUAGUGUACUUGUUUUAUUUUUCUUAUAUAGUUUUAUGAUAAAUUGUUAUUUAUAGUGACUUAUGCCCUUUUUUACUUAGAUGUUUACAGAUGCUCAACUUUUUUGUCAUUGAUGAUCUCAUCUUUUGUUAGUCAUAUAAAUUUAUUUUAGAUUAUAUUUCUUAGAUUUUUAGCUCACAUGUGGUGAGCUUUUGUUAUCGCUUUUUGUUCGGCGUCCGUACUUUUACUCCUCAUAAACCGCUAAGCCAAUUUCAACCAAACUUCAUAGGAAUGUUCCUUUGGUAGUCAACCAAGAAUUUAAUUCCAAGCAGAACUCGCAACCGAAAGAAAAAAAAAAAAAUCUGCUUUUAGAAAACUGAAAAAGCUAGAGCUUAAAUAUUUGGCAUUAAACACCAUCUAGUCAGUGUCUACCAAGUUUGUUUAAAUAAAUGCUCUGGGGUCAAAAUUGGCCCCGCCCUGUGGGGGUCAUUGAUUGUCCUUAUUUGUAUAUAGUAAAAACUUAAAAUAUCUUCUUUUAAAAAAACAAUAUAGCUUGAGCUUAGAUAUUAAGCAUGAAACAUUUUCUAGUUGGUGUCUACCAAGUUUGUUCAAAUAAAUGCCCUAGGGUCAAAAUUGGCCCCGCCGGGGGGUCAUUGAUUUUCCUUUUUUGUAUAUAGUAAAAUCUUAAAAAAAUCUUCUUUUCAAAAACUAUAAUAGCUGCAGCUUAGAAAUCUUUUUUUAAAAACCCCAAAGAGUUAGAGCCAAGAUAUUUAGCAUACAACAUCUUCUAAUGGGUGUCUACCAAGUUUGUUCAAAUAAGGGCCCUUGGCUUAAAAUUGGCCCCACCCCAUAUUUUAUUUAUGUGUAUUGUAAAAACUUAAAAAGUCUUCUUAUAAAAAACCCAAAGAGCUAGAGUUAAGAUACUAAGCAUGAAAAAGCUUCUAGUGAGUGUCUACCAAGUUUGUUGAAAUGAAAGCCCUAGGGUCAAAAUUUGCCCCUCUCAGGGGGGUCUUUGUUUUACCCUAUAUGUAUAUAGCAAAAACUUUUAAAAUAUUCUUAUAAAAACCCUAAAGAGCUAGAACUUAGAUAUUUAUCACGAAACAUCUUCUCAUGGGUGUCUACCAAGUUUGUUCAAAUAAAAGCCCUUGGUUUUAAAUUGGCCUUGGCCCAGGGGCCUAUAUACAGGUGAGUGAUUUCAGUGCCAUCAUGGCCCUCUUGUUGUAACAAUUUAACUGCUUUUUUUUACAUUUUUUACAUUACAUACUAUAAUGGCAUUCUAUUUCCAUGUAAUUUUUGUAUUUAUGACUAAACAGUUUGGCAGAUACACAUGUACAUAUAUUUCAAGUCUUUUGUGUUCUUUUCUUGAUCUGUUAACUUUAAAUAUUAGAGGUUCUGCACAGGACAUAAAUAACAAGAGCCACCGCCGGGCGGGGGCAACGCUCGACUUUUUACUUUUUCUAAAUGCAAACAUAGAAAGGUUUGAACAUAUAUUAACGUUUCCUUUUUAUAAAUUUAGUUGGUCUGUCUUGUCACAUUAGUUUUGUUUAUAUAUUUUGUAUAUAUAUAUGAAUAGAAACAUUAAGCAUAUUUCUAAAAAUAGCAACAGUACGCAAUUUCUUAAAAUAGCAACAUGACGCAAUUUUUAAAAAUAAAAAAUGACGCAAUUUCUAAAAAUAGAAAAAAUGACGCAAUUUCUAAAAAUAAGAAAAAAUGACGCAAUUUCUAAAA